CCUGCGCCGCUAUGUUUUGAACAGCCGGGAUAGUUUUUCCCCACUGCUUUGAUUACCUUUGGAUCAAUUUCUUUUUAAUCUUUAUAAUUAGUCGAAGGUGAGAAGAAAUGUAAUCAUGCCAAAGUCUGUGAAAAAGCUCAGCACGACUCAGACCUCCAUCAGCAGGUACUUUGGAGGGCAGAGCAGCAGACAGCAGUGUGAGAUUAGACCAAAUCCUGCGGAACAGCAGCAGCUCUCAAGAGGAAAGCUGAAGCUUUCCCCUGGUGAUGAAAUUGGAUUGCCAUCUAAACGAGCCAAAGUUACAGUGACAGAUCAGCAGGUGGAAGAUCUGGGGUGUGAAGCUGCACCAUCUCAGAUGGUUAAAGAGGCUAAACCAACACAAGAAAGAGGAGGUGGUCUCUGCUCCUCUACAUUGGAGAAGCUGAAAGGUUUCUCCUGCAUGGCUGAGCCUUUUCUUCUGCACGUCCAGGAUCAAAAAAAUAAAGAUGAUCAUAACAAUAAAAGGUCUGAUGAAAGAAGCAGUGUUUCACUUUCUGGACUGUGCUUGUCUCUGUUUGCAAAGUCAGGAGGAUUAAGAGGAAACAAGGUUGCAGAGGUGAGUCCUCCAUCAGACUCUAGCGCCCCCUGCAGACGCUCUAGAAGCACCUACACACCCCUGGAGCAGCAGGUCAUGGAGCUGAAACAACAGCACAAGGAUGCAUUAUUGGCAGUGGAGUGUGGCUACAAAUACAGGUUCUUUGGAGAAGAUGCAGAGAUUGCUGCAAAAGAGCUGAAUAUAAUUUGUCACUUGGAUCAUAACUUCAUGACGUGCAGCAUCCCCACUCACCGCCUGUUCGUCCAUGUCAGACGUCUGGUGUCUCAUGGACACAAGGUUGGUGUUGUGAAACAGACAGAAACAUCUGCGCUGAAGGCCUCAGGGAGCAACAGAAAUGCUCUGUUCAGCCGUCAGCUUAGCGCCUUGUACACCAAGUCCACUCUGGUGGGAGAAGACGUAAACCCGGUAUGCGGAGUGGCAGAUACGGAGGAGGGGGGCUCUGCAGAUGUAGUGUUAGACCCUCCUGACAGCUUCCUGCUGUGCAUCAGUGAGAACUGGGACAAACUGAAGAAGCAGCUCUCUGUCGGGGUGGUGGCAGUUCAGCCCACCACUGGAGAUGUGUACUUCGACUGUUUCACCGAUGGCCCGUCUCGCUCUGAGCUGGAGAGCCGUAUCCUGAAGAUAAACCCAGUUGAGGUCCUGGUGCCUUCAGACCUUUCAGAGCAAACCUCCAAACUGCUCCUCAGUAUUGCUAAUGCCAGUACUCAGACUGAUGACCGGCUCAGAGUUGAGAGAAGGGACAGCUCAGAGUUUGAGUUCACGUCUGCAAUGAACACAGUUGUCCAAUUCUACUGCCAUGUCCCUGAGAAAGACUCGCGCUCUCUGUCGACUGUGGCCUCUUUCGAGAGCGCGGUCAUCUGCUGCCUUGGGCCCCUCAUCCAGUACCUCAAAGAAUUUAAUCUGGAGAGAGUUCUUCGAAAUGAAGGCUUGUUUCGCCGUUUUUCUUGUGAAUCGGAGGGGAUGAACCUUAGUGCUGCGACUCUCAGAAACCUGGAAAUCCUCAAAAAUCAGACAGAUGGGAGUGUGAGGGGAAGUUUAUUGUGGGUGUUGGACCACACUCGCACUGCAUUUGGGAGGAGACUGUUGCGGAAGUGGGUCAGCCAACCCCUCACAGACCUGCAAUGUAUAUCAGAAAGACAAAAUGCUGUGCAGGAAAUAAUGGAGUCAGACUCUCCAACUCUGAACUCUAUAAGAUCCCUGCUGUCACAUUUGCCUGAUCUGGAGAGAGGCAUCUGCAGCAUAUAUCAUAGAAAGUCCUCCACACAGGAGUUUUACCUAAUCUGUAGCAGUCUUUCUCGCCUGGGGCUGGAACUGCAGGCUCUGCUCCCAGCUAUCCAGUCACAGAUCCGCUCCACACUGCUUCGCAGUCUCUUAUUGGACACUCCUGACCUGCUGGCUCCGGCCCAUGGCUUCCUCAAGGUGCUCAAUGAGAAGGCAGCAAAGUCGGGAAAUAAGACGGAGCUUUUCUCAGAUUUGUCCGGCUUCCUGGUGCUGCAGGAAAGGAUGAACCAGAUCCAGUCUGUCCUCUCUGAGAUCCAACUUCACCGCAAAGAAGUCCGGUUGGUGCUGAAAGCCCCCGCACUGGAGUACACUACUGUUUCUGGACAGGAGUUUCUGAUUGAGGUGAAGAACUCACUGUCAUCAAUUGUUCCACCUGACUGGAUCAAAAUCAGCAGCACCAAAGCUGUCGGCAGGUAUCACUCUCCGUUCCUGAUUGAGCGCUACAAGAAGCUGCAGCAGCUCAGAGAGCAGCUGCAGCUGGACUGCCAGAAGGAGUGGACCCGAUUUUUAAAUCAGUUUGGGGAGCACUACCACACCAUGAAAAGGGCUAUUAGUCACCUAGCAACCAUGGACUGCCUGCUUUCAUUGGCUGAGGUGGCUAAACAAGGGAAUUAUUGCAGGCCAAAGGUGUGUGAAAGUCGGCAGCAGAUUAUGAUCACUGAUGGCAGACAUCCUGCAAUUGAUUUAUUGAUGGGAGAGCAGAGCCAGUAUGUCCCCAAUGACACUAGAUUACAGCAUGACGGCAGGAGAACUAUGAUAAUCACAGGGCCCAAUAUGGGGGGCAAGAGCUCCUACAUCCGUCAGGUGGCUCUUAUCUGUGUUAUGGCUCAAAUAGGGUCAUACGUUCCGGCCUGUGAGGCCUAUCUGAGCGUACUGGAUGGUAUUUACACCAGAAUGGGAGCUUCAGACAAUAUCUUCAAAGGCCGCAGCACAUUCAUGGAAGAGUUGACAGAGGCCUCGCAGAUCAUUUCUCAAGCAACAGAACGCUCGUUGGUCAUCCUCGAUGAACUCGGACGGGGAACUAGCACCCAUGAUGGGAUUGCCAUAGCCUAUGCUACCCUGGAAUACUUCAUCAGAGAUGUGAAAGCAUUCACCUUGUUUGUGACCCAUUAUCCUCCCCUGUGUGAGUUGGAACAGGUAUACCCUGAACAUGUGUCCAACUUCCAUAUGGCUUUCUUACUUAAUGAACCUGACACCAACACUGACUCUGACAAUGGAGAGGUUCAGCCAGAGUUCAUCACCUUCCUCUAUCAGUUAACUGAAGGCGCUGCAGGGCGAAGCUAUGGUCUCAACGUGGCCCGGCUGGCUGAUAUUCCUGAUCCGAUACUACACACCGCCUCUCGCAAAGCCAGAGAGCUGGAGACUAUGGUCAAUGCCAGGAGGAAGUAUAAGAAACUGCUCUCAGAUCUUUGGAGCAUCUCUGAUAAAUCCUCCCUUCUAAAGUGGCUGCAGUCAAACUCUUGAUGUCUCAGCAUUCAAUGAUCAUUGGACUAUAAACACUUGAAGGAGUAAAUUAUGCAAUCAAUAGCUGAACAUGCCUGGAGAACAUUUCUAAAUGCUCACUAAACCUUUUCCCUAAAGAAGCUUGUUGAUUUUAUAGUAUUUGGAUUUUCAGAAUAUGGUAAUGAUUUAAAAACAUUUGCUACUGUAACCUGUCAUCACGUCAGUUGAGUACUAAUUGAUCAUAUUUUUACUGAAAACUCAGUUGUGUUUGUGUGUUUGGUGGAAAAAUAAAUAAAAAUGCUU